AUGGUUAGCAUUUUUAGUUCAGUAUCCAGCAAUAAUUUCAGGAACAAUUCUUGUUUUGCGUUCACCCCACGAUGUGGAAAAAAUAUUAUUACUGAUUUUAUUCGAAAAAGUUUAUUCAGUCCAGAGCUUGUAUAUUCAACGUCCGAUUUAGGCAAAAUUUUGGAAAAAUUCAACAGUAGUAUUCAAGGACAUAAACUUAUAAUUAUGAAUGAAGCAGGUAUGUUAAGUGGAGAAUGGCAUAAGUUAAACGAUCACUUAAAAUCUCUAAUUACAGAAGAUUACGUCUCAAUUGAGCAUAAAGGUCUCGAAAAUCAAGAAUGUGGCCAUUUUCCUGGAUUUAUAGUAUUAAGUAAUUAUGAUGCCCUAAUUUGUGUUAAGCAAGAAGAUGGUCGUAUUGUAUGUUUAGAUAUUUCACCUCGAUGUAAAGAUCAAAUUGAAAAACCGAGUUGUGCUAUAUUAUAUCAGAAGUAUCAUACAUGGUGUGAAGCUAAUGAUGAAAAGCCAUUCAGUAAUAAUAAUUUUGGGAAAAAAAUCUCACAAGUUAACAUUGAACGAAAACGUGCUAGUGGUGGAAAAAGAGAAUGGCAGUAUAUCUUCGAUCGUUCCAAAAUCAUGGCCAAGCUACGUGAAUCAGUAGGUGAUAUCGAGGAAUUUUCUGACACACCUCAUGCUGAAAUAUCCACCAACAUAUCCACAGAGAUCCCUGUAUUUAACACACCUGAAAUUGUUAAAGCCGAAUCAGAAAAAAAUAUAGCUAAGACAUUAAUCACUGAUCAUAUCAAAAAAGGUAAGAAAAUAGUAUCUGCCCCACCUAUUACUAAAAUGAUCCAAGACCUCUUUGAUUCUAUAACAGAUCAAUCAGAAUCUUCAGUUGCUUCAUCAUCCAAGUCUAUCGAUAUAUCUCUGCCUCCCAAGAUCGUAGACGUAGAAGUUAUAGACAAUAAAUCCAAAUCUCUGAAAAUUAUCAAAUUAGUGAGUGAUGAAGCUGAAUCUGUAAAUAAUAAGCCCGAGAUAUCUCCCGACUUACCUGCGAAUGACGAACUAAAAUCUAGCAAUGAAGAAGUCAACACCCAAUUGGAAACAUCACAUCUUCGUAAAAAAGCCAUCAAACUUGGUGAAGAUCCUGACAAAUUUGUUACUAUUACUAAAAAAGAUAAGCUCGAUUUCAUAGCAUUCCACGAUAGAAUGCAGACUAAUGCGAGAAUGUGUAGUUUUGCAAAGGAGGCUGAAGAAGACCCCAGUAAAUAUAUGGAUAUGACAGUGCGAGAAAGAUUAAUAAGUGAAGAAAUAAUUCGCCAUUCUUUCGAGGAAGAUGAAAUCACCUCAUCAUGGCUGGAUACUGACGAGGAAUAG